AUGUCUCGCGUCUUGUACUACCUCGAGGACUCGCGCGCGUUCCGCGUGGCAUGGGCAUUGGAGGAGCUCGAGCUUGACUACGACCUCAAGCACUACCGACGCAUCCAAGGCAAACGAGCCGAACCUACGCUCAAGUCCGAAUCUGGCAACCCGCUCGGCAAGUCACCCUACCUCGUCGACUCGGACGUCCAACUGGGAGAAUCGGCUGCGCAAGUCAAGUACCUCAUCCAGCGUUACGCUCCCGAAAGCUCGCUUCUAGGUCCCGUGGACGAUUGGCAGAAGCGGGGCGAUGUCGAGGCGUGGAUCUCGUUCAGCGAGGGCAUGAUGGUGCAUACCCUGGCGGCCAUCUACCCUCGCUGGUUCAGCGACGCUUCCUCGGCCUCGCAAAUCGAAGCCAAGAUGACGCCCAACAUUCAGAACAACCUCAACGCGCUAGAAUCCGCCCUGGCUGGCAACGACUACCUCGUAGGGGAUAGCCUGACAGCAGCCGAUCUCAUGUGCGUCUUCUCCGCCGAAUACACCCUCUACAUGGACACCGGCAUCUCGUCGGAUGGGAAAAAGAAGCAAGACUGGCCAAACACGCUGGCCUGGCUCAAGCGCUGCGCACAACGCCCAGCCUACCAACGUGUCCUCCAAAAGGGCGCCACACACAAGUUCACCGUGACCGAUUAG